ACCCACCCCCUUUCCUCACUCACCCCUGAGCUGCCGUGGGAACGCACGGGGAGGGGAAGAGGCAAAAGCAGCCAGAGAGGUGUGGGAGCGGCCACGCGGGCUGCCAGCUCCGGGGCGCCUUCCAACUUACACAGGAAGUCUGCGGACGCCCUGGUUAAAUUUAACGUCCUUGUCUGUGUCACUAUGACAUCGGACACGAACAUGCACUUUGCGGAGGGAGAGGACUCUAAGCGGUACUGCAUCAGGACGAAGCAUGUGGUUGUCAUCUGCGUGGUGGUGGUGGCCGUGGGGCUGAUCGUGGGCCUCUCGGUGGGCUUGACCCGAUCGUGCGACUCCGCCGGGGGUACGGGGCAGGGCACAGCUGCGCCAUCUCAGGCGCCUUCCUCGCCGGGCCCUUCGGAUCUCCCUCCGCAGACCCAGGAUGUGUGCCCGGCCAGCGAAGAUGCGAGUGGCCCGUGGACCAACUUCAGGCUGCCGGACUUCCUCAGCCCAGUGCACUACGACCUGGAGGUGAGGCCGCUGAUGGAGGAGGACACGUACUCCGGCCGCGUGGCCAUCUCUGUCAACGUGAGUGUGCCCACCCGGUACCUGUGGCUGCACCUGCGCGAGACGAGGAUCACGCGACUCCCGGAGCUGCGGGCGCCCUCUGGCGAGCAGGUGCGCGUCCGGCGGUGCUUCCAGUACAGACCGCAGGAGUACCUGGUGGUGGAGGCCGAGGACCUGCUCCCAGCCAGCGGUGCCGCGGGGCUCUACCUGCUGACCUUGGAGUUCGCCGGCUGGCUCAAUGGCUCGCUUGUGGGCUUCUACAGGACCACCUACACCGAGGGCGGCCAGCUCAGGAGCAUCGCAGCCACUGACCAUGAGCCUACGGACGCCAGGAAGUCCUUCCCCUGUUUCGACGAGCCCAACAAGAAGGCGACCUACACCAUAGCCAUCGUCCACCCCGAGGAGUACGAAGCCCUCUCAAACAUGCCGGUGCAGAGUCGGGAGUCCUUGGGCGAUGGCUGGAACCGGACAACUUUCCAGAAGUCCGUCCCCAUGAGCACGUACCUGGUGUGCUUCGCCGUCCACCGGUUCACCUCCGUGCAGAGGGUGUCGAGGAGCGGGAAACUGCUCACCAUCUACGUCCAGCCAGAGCAGGUGCGCACGGCCGAGUAUGCCGCAGACAUAACCAAAAGCGUGUUCGAUUAUUUUGAAGAGUACUUUGCCAUGAACUACUCCCUUCCUAAAUUAGAUAAAAUCGCGAUCCCGGAUUUCGGUACUGGGGCCAUGGAGAACUGGGGCCUGGUCACGUACAGAGAGACCAACCUGCUCUACGAUCCUGCGGAGUCCGCCUCGUCCAACCAGCAGAGAGUGGCCAGCGUGGUCGCCCACGAGCUCGUGCACCAGUGGUUUGGAAACGCCGUGACCAUGGAGUGGUGGGAAGACUUGUGGCUGAACGAAGGAUUUGCUUCUUUCUUCGAGUUCCUGGGGGUGGACCACGCGGAGAAGGAGUGGCAAAUGCGUGAGCAGAUGCUGCUUGAGGACGUGCUUCCUGUCCAGGAGGACGACUCUCUGAUGUCCUCACACCCCAUCGUCGUCACGGUGACGACCCCGGACGAAAUAACCUCUGUCUUUGACGGGAUAUCCUACAGCAAGGGAGCAUCUAUUCUGAGAAUGCUUGAAGACUGGAUAACGCCGGAGAAGUUUCAGAUGGGCUGCCAGAUUUACCUGGAAAGACACAAGUUCAAGAAUGCGAAAACGUCAGAUUUUUGGGAAGCGCUGGAGGAGGCGAGCGGCCAGCCAGUGAGGGAGGUCAUGGACACCUGGACAGCGCAGAUGGGCUACCCGGUGCUGACCGUGAGCGGCCGGAGGAACGUGUCGCAGAAGCGCUUUCUGCUGGACUCUGGUGCGGACCCCUCCCAGCCUCCCUCGGCUCUCGGUUACACAUGGAACAUUCCAGUUAAGUGGACUGAAGAUAAUGUAUCGCAUAUUACGUUCUACAAUAGGUCAGAGAAAGGCGGGCUCGCUUUGCCGUCCUCCAGCACUAGCGGGAAUGGUCUUCUCAAAAUAAACCCGGAUCACAUUGGGUUCUACCGUGUCAACUACGAGCCAGAGACGUGGGACUCCAUAGCUGCACGUCUGCUCUCCAACCACAAGGACUUCUCUUCCGCAGACCGUGCCAGUCUUAUUGACGACGCUUUUGCUUUGGCGAGAGCUCAGCUUCUGAACUACAAGGCCGCGCUGAACCUGACCAGGUACCUCAGCAAAGAGGAGGACUUCCUGCCCUGGCAGAGAGCCAUCUCAGCUGUCACCUACAUCGUUAGCAUGUUCGAGGACGACCCAGAGCUGUACCCGGUGGUCGAGGAGUACUUCCGAGGUCAAGUGAAGAGCAUUGCAGACUCUCUGGGAUGGGAAGAUACUGGAGACCACCUCACAAAGUUGCUCCGAGCCUCCGUGCUGGGGCUGGCGUGCAAGAUGGGGGACCCGGAUGCCCUGAACAGCGCCUCCCAGUUAUUCCAGGAGUGGCUCAACGGGACCAGGAGCCUGCCCGUGAACCUCAGGCUACUGGUGUACCGCUACGGGAUGCAGAGCGCGGGUGAUGAGCGGGCCUGGAACUACACGCUCCAGCGGUACCAGGAGACGGCGCUGGCCCAGGAGAAGGAGAAGCUGCUGUACGGGCUGGCGUCGGUGAGGAGCGUCACGCUCCUGGCCAGGUACCUGGACCUGCUCAAGGACCCCACCCUCAUCAAGACUCAGGACGUGUUCACCGUCAUCCGCUACAUCUCGUACAACAGCUACGGCAAGACCAUGGCCUGGCACUGGGUGCAGCUCAACUGGGACUACCUCGUCGGCAGGUACACGCUCAACGACCGGAACCUCGGCCGCAUCGUCACCAUCACAGAGCCCUUCAACACCGAGCUGCAGCUCUGGCAGAUGGAGAGCUUUUUCGCAAAAUACCCAGAGGCUGGCGCAGGAGAAACACCCAGGCAGCAGGUGCUGGAGACGGUGAGGAACAACAUCGCGUGGCUGGCACGGAACAGAGCCGCCAUCCGGGAGUGGUUUCUGGACUGGCGCCAGGACGGCUGAAGCCCGAGGCCGCGGACUCCGCUCCUCCUCUGCCUUCCCCGGGUGCGGAGCGGCGCGCACCACCCUCUGAUCGCCGCUCGGUUAUGGCGCGAGUACUCACCGAGUAUUGAAUGUGCUCAGGGAUUUAUUCUAAGUGCGCUUCAUAGGAGAUUCUUUACCAAUCGGAGAGAAUUUGAUAGCCAUUUUAGUGUCUUUAAAUAUCAUCCUUUGUAUCUUAAAUCUGUGAAAAUAGAACAAUUUGGUCUCAGCUUUACAUUUUUAGCACCAAGGAAGCACCACUUAAUCUUCUUCCUUGAUUGAUUUUCGAAGUUUAAAUACCAGUACUUGGGGGACCAAUAUCGCCACCUGAAUCUUUACUUUAUUAUUCAGAAUUUCACCUCCCGAAAAUCAUUUUAUUCACUUCUGUCUCACUGCGGUAAGCCCUACCAAAGGAGCCCGGGCUCACAUUCUCCUUGAGGACCGCACGAGUUAGCCAAAGACACGGCAAGCGGGUGUCUUUCCUCUCGGAACACCAACAGAACUCUCCUUUCCUUUUUAAAAUAAACUUAAUGAUUACCUUGAAACAAUCGUGUUUUC